AUGGCCGAAUCACCUGGGGCCAAGCCACCGCAGGAGGCCAAGCCGGCUGUGGCCAAGCCACCGGAGGCGAAGACGGAUGUGACCAAGACGCCUAUGGCCAAACCACCUGGGGCGAAACUAGCUGCGACAGAGCCAUCACUGGGCACUCCCGCUAUUUCAGAGCACGACCCAAAUGCAUCCGGCCCAAAUGCCUGCGACCCAAUCAACACCAGCACCGUCAGCACCAGCGCCGUCAGCCGUGGUCAAGCCCUCCGUGGUGAAGCCCUCGGCUGCCCCAUCUACCGUGGUGAAGCCUUCGGCUCCCCGAUCUACCGUGGUCGAGCCCUCGGCUGCCCCAUCUACCAUGGUGAAGCCUUCGGCUGCCCCAUCUACCGUGGUCGAGCCCCCGACUGCCCCAUCUACCGUGGUCAAGCCCCCGGCUGCGAAGCCCCUGGUUGCGAAGCCCCUGGUUGCGAAGCCCCUGGUUGCGAAGCCCCUGGUAGCGAAGCCCCCGGUUGCGAACCCCCUGGUUGCUGA